AUGCCCACGUCUCGCUACACGACAAGGUCUCGGGGUUCGAGAAGCUACUAUGGGCCCGGGGAUUCUGACGACGAUGCCGACUUUGAGCUGGAUCAUGCCAAGUUGGAUGGACACGAGGACGACGAGCCAUCGGAGGAAUUCGAGGAAGAUCUACGGGAAGGCAGUACGGGGGCCGCUGAUGGAGACGUUGCAAAUGGCCACGGGCACGGCAGACAGUAUGGCGGGCAGGGCCCUGUGAAGAAAGACGAAGAAGAAGAAGAAGAAGAAGAAGAAGAAGAGGAGGAGGAGGUAAGACCGCAUCGAACGCGUGCACGUAAACAAGUAAAUUAUAACGAAGAUGUCCUUCUGGCCAAACUGGUUGACGAGGACGAAGAACUAGAGGAGGAGUAUACCAACAGUCGCCCCCUCCGUGCAAGCAGAACGUCAAGAAAGGUUGUUCAUAUGGACGACGAUGCUGGUCACUACGAUAAGAGUGAUGAAGACUACGAUGGCAUUUCUGGAGGCGCAAGUAAAAAGCGAACGCGUCAUGGUAAGGGUAUUGGUACUGCUGGCGACGAUGACGAGGAAGGAAAUGGGGAGGGAGAAGAUGGGUUAGAUGGUGAUGAGGAAUUCCGUAUUGACGAUGAGGAAGAAGAUGAAAAUUAUAUUAAGGAUGACGAUGAUGAUUUCCUCUCGGGGGAGGAAUUGAAAAGUCGAAACAAGAGGAGGAAAAGGGAAAGUGCAUUUGUUGUGAAGGACGAGGACGAAUUUGAAGAUAGUGACACCCCCUAUGAGGCCAGAAAAACUGCUGCGUCAUUGAGGAGAUCACGAAGAUCAACACGCACAGAAAAUUCUCUCACUUCACAAUCUACCACAUCGUCCCGUCGCACACGUUCUGCAAACCGAAACAAAUGGAAGGGUAUCUUGGAAUCCAACCAAGAGGGAAAUGGGCAACUCACAUUAGAGGAUGAGUUGAGGGAUUUACAGAAUGAUUCUCCGCUGGCUUCUCCCAAGAGAAACUUGAGACACAGAAAAGAAGUUAAUUAUACGUUACCACCGCCCUAUUUAACAGAAGCACAGUUGGAGGAAUUGGAGGAGAACGCGUCAGCUACUUCUCAUGCUAGUCCAAGAAAGGGGAGGAACGGUGGGAGGUUUGGUGGUGCCAGUUCAUCAAAUGCAGUCAGAAGGUUGUUCCCCACGGUUGGUCCAUUUGGCGGGAGCGAGGUGCAAUCGAUUUUCCAGUCAGAUACUAUACCAAGUGGAUUGGCAGCUUUAGCAAAUGCAGAAUCAAGUGACUCCGAAGAUGAUAAUGAACUAAUAAAACCAACCGACCCUAACAAUACAGGUACUACCAUCACUACUACAAACACGACCAAUGCAAAUAUAGUAGGUCCGACAGACUUGACCAAUUCAUCGAAAAAGAAAAAUACCUUGGCUGAUACGGAUCCUCUUGGAAUUGACACAAAUAUUGAUUUUUCUGUUGUUGGUGGGUUGGAUAAUUAUAUCAACCAAUUAAAGGAGAUGAUCACCUUACCAUUGUUGUAUCCCGAAGUUUAUUCCAAAUUUCAUAUAACUCCACCAAGAGGUGUGUUAUUUCAUGGUCCUCCAGGUACAGGUAAGACUUUGAUGGCACGUGCCUUAGCAGCUUCAUGCUCUUCACAAAAUAGGAAGAUUACUUUUUUUAUGAGAAAAGGUGCUGAUUGUCUAUCCAAAUGGGUUGGCGAAGCAGAACGUCAUUUGCGGUUACUAUUUGAAGAAGCUAAAAACAAUCAACCAUCGAUCAUAUUUUUUGACGAAAUCGAUGGGUUGGCUCCAGUUAGAUCUUCCAAACAAGAACAGAUACAUGCAUCCAUUGUUUCGACAUUGUUGGCUCUAAUGGACGGUAUGGAUAAUAGAGGCCAGGUUAUAAUCAUCGGUGCAACCAAUAGACCGGAUUCCAUCGAUCCCGCUCUUCGAAGACCAGGUCGUUUUGAUAGAGAAUUCUACUUUCCAUUGCCUGAUUUGAAGGCUCGUGAAGAUAUUCUGAAAAUUCAUAUGAGAAAGUGGGAAGACAAAUUAGAUGACAAUUUUAUUAGAGAGUUGGCCAUUCUAACAAAGGGGUAUGGAGGUGCCGAUUUGAGGGCAUUGUGCACAGAAUCGGCAUUAAACAGUAUCCAGAGACAGUAUCCUCAGAUUUAUAAGGCUAAUGACAAACUGAAAAUUGAUAUCAACAAAAUCAAAGUGAAUGCAAGCGACUUUACAAGAGCACUUAAGAAAAUUGUUCCAAAUAGUGCCAGAAACUCAAGUAAUGUAUCUGAACCAAUACCUGACGUCAUCCAGCCUUUAUUGAAUAAACAAUUUGAAGAAGUGAUGUCGAAGAUUCGUCAAAUUUUACCAAUGGAAAAGGAAAUUAGCCUAUUGGAAGAAGCAGAGUACCAAAGUCUGAACGAUGAUUUCAGAACACAACAAUUGGUCAAAUCAUUUGAUUCCUUGAGAGUCUUCAAACCACGAAUCGCAAUCCAAGGUACAAAACAGCAAGGUUUAACAUAUAUUAGCAAUGCAAUUUUAAAUAAAUUGGAAGGUUUUGUUAUUCAAAUUUUAGAUCUUGGUAAAAUUUUUAGUGACUCCAGUAUUAGUGUUGAAAAUUUAUGUAUCCAGUUAUUUUCUGAAUUGAAGAGACAUAAGCCGAGUAUUUUAUUUAUACCGGACACGAUUGGAUUCCUUAACUCGAUCACAGAGUCGGUCAGGUCGACAAUCAAGUAUCUUGUUAGAGGUAUUAAUAGUAAUGACAAGAUCCUAAUAUACUGCGAAAUUGAGGGGGAUUCAAAUCAAGUAAAGGAAAUCAACGACGAAUUGGAAGAAUUGUUCGAUUUAACAGAAGAUGAGAUAAUUAACAUAAGGGAUCCCGAUAAUGAUGAAAGAUUGAAUUUUUUCAGAAAAUUCUGGGAUUCUUUGAACAUUACCCCAAAUGAGUUUAAUGACAUUAGUAUUCGUCCGAAGAAGGAUACGACACCUUUAGAAAUCGUGGAAAUAAAAGACAACAAAAUUAAUGAGGAAAAUCAAAAUAUAAAAAAAUUAAAAGAGUUAGCCAAAAACGAUAUGAGGUUGAAAAACUCCUUAAAAGUUAAACUCUCUGGGUUACUUGAUAUCUUUAAGGUCCGCUAUAAGAGGUUUAAAAAGCCAAUCAUCGAUGACCACCUUUUAGUCCAUUUGUUUAAUGAAACACCUGAUCCGAACAGCAACUAUCAAAUUAAAGAGGAUAAAAUUCUAGAAGUUUCAUCGGGCAAAUUGUAUAAUAACAUUGAUUUAGAUGUUAUUGAAGAACGGUUAUGGAAUGGCUACUACAGUGAACCAAGACAAUUUUUGCACGAUUUGGAACUUAUUUUAAAAGAUGCAAACACAUCUUCUGAAAGAGAUAGGAUAUUAAAGGCGAAUGAAAUGUAUGCGCAUGCAGUUGUUGGUGUUGAAGAAAUCGAAGUACAGUUCCCACUGUUAGUUGCACAAUGGAAGGAAGUGGCUCGGAGGGAAAAAAUGAGGAAAACUGAGUAUAUGAAGCUCCUACAGGAAAAAGAGUCGAAGGAAAAAGAGCUAGGGGGGAAGGAAUUGAAUGAAACUGAAUCAAAGGAGUGUCGGUCAAACGCUUUGGAGUCUCACUUAGACAAUAAUGUUGUGCCGGAAACGAUUAUCGAUGUCAAUGGCAAUAUUGAAAACAUCGAAUCUAGAGAAAUACUGAAGGACUCUAAUAUCGGUGUUGGAACAUUGUUGAACGGUAAUGAGAAUGGGCAUGUAGAAUAUGAGAUCAAGGGUCAAACUCAAGUGCAGGAACAAUCAGAGCCAAACGAUCAUGGUGUACUGAAAAGCGAAUCAGAAUUACCAGUUGAACCAGUCCAUGUUGGUGACCCCGUAGAGAAGGUUGAAGUUGAACUGAUGACAGAAGAGGCGCACAAAAAACUUCUGGCAGAAGAGACACGGAGUGAUUCACAAAUAGAAGAAGAGAAGACUAAAGAAACAGCAUUUGUUUCAGAACCACAGAGUGUUGUUUAUGAUUCUGCCAAAGUUGAGAAAUUACGAGACCAACUACUAGAAAAAACUUCGAACUUUAAACUGACUAAAUUAGAACGUAUCAACAGCAAGCUUUUUGAUAUCUUAUGGAGACACAGGCUCAAUCUAGACAAGACCGGACUGUUGCGAGAAUUAGAUGAUUUUAUAGCCGCUUUAUAA